CUGAGCGACCGUCCGGGGAUGGAAGUCCUUUCUCAGUUGCUUCAGGCUGCGGUCUGCUCGCAACUUGAGUUAAGUGCACCGAAAUCCCCAGCUCCUGCGAUGUUGGCUCCUCCCCCCCCUGGGACGGCUUCCCCCCCCGUGGCGAGACGUCCCCUGCCCCGGCUGGUUGUGGUUGGCGAGGUGGCUGCUCCGCGUCGUUCGGACCCCUUCGACUGGACUGUGGUUCGCCGAAAGGUACUAAAUACAUGCUUUGUUGAUUUAAGCAAAAUUUUGCAUGUUUAACUCAAAGAGUCCAUGAAUGUGUAUCACUUUUUAACAUGUCUGUUUUGUGUGUGCCUCCCUGAGUCGACAUUUCAACUUUUCUUUAAAGUGCUGAUUGUAAACAAUAUACCAGUUUUUUAAUUGUGUUGAGGGGAAAGUAAAACUGGAGUUAUGCUAAAAUAAUUAAGUCUAUUUUGUAAAAAAAAAAAAAAAAAUCAUGUAAAUGUUAAAAACCACCUAUUUUGAGAAUGUGAAAGGGAAUUGGCUUACAAAUGUAAAAUAUGAAAUGCAAAAUGACAUCCCUUUGUUAUUUGAAAUCUCCAAACAAUAAGUAUGGGCUGUAUUUUAUUGAUACGGAAUGGGGGAAAGUUGUGCAAGUAAUGGUGUGAAAAGAGCAACUGUGACAAGCGGGACCAGUGUAAUGGCAAAAACGGUAAAAUAUUGAUUGGUUUGACAGAAAUCUGUGACACACACUUCAUAAUUAAUACAUAUUUUUUAGAAUUAUGUAUACUUUAUUGGUGCCUAAGGAAAAAUUGCUUACUUUUGCCAAAAAGAUGGUUCGUCCAAAUAUUAGUUAACACAAUUGAAACCAUAAGGAAUUUAACAUUUAUGGAAAUGUAUACAUGACUGCGAUAUUGUACAUAGUUUAAAAAUGUAACUAAAUAUAAAAUAAAAAGACAAAAUAACAAAAUGUGGACUUAUAUGUUAAUCUAUGAAUGACAACAUGACCGCAGACAGGACAGAGGUCAAGUAGAAUGAGUCCAGAAAAAACUAGUAAAGUAAAGAAACUCACUGUCUGGUCAUUGUAUAUGAACAAUUAUACAACUAACAAAUGUGCAAGAGACAGGCUUGCUCUUUUUUUAACUUGAAUAUAAGGAGGGAAUUUUGCAGCCACAAUCUGAGGCACAGUAAAGAUUAAGACGAUGUUGAUGGCAGUUUUAUUAGAAAUUUAGAUAAUGUGAGGAAUAAAAGGUAAGAUGGCGCAUCGGUAGGGUAGAGGCAGGUACUUGUGGUCCAAGGAGAGGAAUGGCGGCACUGCGCAGCUGGAAGAAGCCGAUCACCAGGGGAUGAGGUAGAGCGACUCCCCCAGCAGCUUCCAGCCAUUGUAAACUCCAGGAGUUAAGGUAGAAACCCUUUGUGAGUUUCACUGUGAAAAAUAAAUUGUUUUUCAAACUUGAAUUUUUUGUAACUCCUGUAUGUGUAAUAACAGUAUAUCCAAAAGGGGAAAAAAGUGUAAUUUCAUACAGUUUAGGUUGUGCUGAAGAAAAUGCCACAUAUAGCAUUGAUAUGUUUUCUGUUGAGGAAAUUCAAAGGUAAAAUCAAAGUUUGUUCAAAAUGACUAUACAUGUAUGUCCUGGACCCAGAGGGUUUGCUGCCACUGAAAAUACUUUUUCUUUGUUUACAGACAUCGCGUGGUGUCCAGGGUGGUGAUGGCUGUCCACACGCCACUGGGAGGGUGGUUGACCAACAGGGAGACCUGCUGGAUUCUUCCAUCCCCCCGAAUCCGGUGUGGUUCAGCCCAACGUUGCUGGAGGAGAUGGACCGGAUCGUUCCUGCGUCUGGCCGUGACGCUCCGUUACCUACAUGUUCUCCGACGAGGAAGAAGAAGACGAGUCCGAGGCGUCGUCCAGUUUCUGAUCCCUCCCAGCUGAUUCCGGUGGAGCAGCAGAUGGAGGGAGCGCCGAGAGAGACCACCACGCCAGCUCGUCGCCAGGCACGGAGACCGGUCCCCCCGACGGACGCCCCCGCCGAGUCCUCUUCUGUGCCGCUGGAGGACCAUGUCCGGGAUGGGAGCUGCCAGGCUUCGGCGCUGGAACCCGGGAUCAGCGGUCCACCUGUCCUGUUGGUGAGUGCUUCACAUUCCCAGGCCAACAACAGGUAUGCUGCAUUUUCCCGUAAUCACCAGUGUACAUGCAUGGCACUCACAUUUUUAGCGUACCACAAUGAGGGGUUGCAGUUUGACACAGUGUUGCUUGACAGAGUGAUUGAAAAAGGAGACGAACUUUAUGUCGGUGUUAAACAGCAACUGAUCAGUGAUGGAACAUUUCGUGACAAUCACUUGACGUUUGAAGAGAUGCCUGACCAUGUGCUGACAGACAGGAACAUCUAUGCAGUACACACAACUGGUGUAAGGGUAGGUCAUGUUUUUGCUGAUAGCGGGAGCCAAUUGGGUUUGCCUCUUGCCCUGCAACUGGAAUGCCUGUCGGAAAAUGUCACCCAUGCCUUUCUUUUGGUGACUCCAGAGUGCAUUGCAGUUUUCAGGGACAGAAGUGGUCGAUUUGGAGUUUUUGAUUCCCACUCAAGAAAUUCCGCAGGCCUGCCCCACCCCAGUGGAACUGCAGUAAUGAUGACUUUCUGCAAUCUGUCUGACAUGGUCAACCAUCUGCACAAGCUCUUUAGAAACCGCGGCCCCAAUGCCACCUAUGAGUUUGUGCCAGUAGGUUUUGUCAGGGACAAUGACAACCCUUCUGAGGAUUUGGCCUUUCAGAACAUUUCACCUAGAGCCACAAAAGUAAGUCCAACUGUUUUCAAACCAGAGAGCCCCGCUGAAGAGAAAAUGCCUCCUUGGCUUAGGGAAGUUGCAAGUGUAUUAGAGGAGACAGCUCCAACCAUUCCAAAUAUAUCAAAAGUUCCCAAAGCCAAUAGAAGAAAAAUUAAAAACAGGGUCAAAAUGCAACAGGGAAAGAAUGUAGUAAAUAAAAUUAAAAAAAGUUCAUAUGAAAAACAAAGAUAUCUGAAAUCUCCGACAUUUAGGACUAAAAAGCUACAGGCCUUAAAAGAAGAAUACAUUCUUCAUCAAGCACAGAGGAAGGAUCAGUUCAAAAAUAGAUAUAGAACAGAUGCAUCUUUUCAGGAGAGAAAAAUAAAUUAUAUUAGGUACAGAUUCAACUUUGUCCACAGCUUUAGAGCCAGUCGUAAAGCCUACAUGGCUGAGUAUAUAAGGAAACGGUUCAGAGAUGAUCCGGUCUUUAGAAGCAGGCAAAAAUUAUACAUCAGGAAUCGAUUCAGAAACGAUCCGGUCUUUAGAAGCAGGCAAAAAUUAUACAUCAGGAAUCGAUUCAGAGACGAUCCGGUCUUUAGAAGCAGGCAAAAAUUAUACAUCAGAAAUCGAUUCAGAGAUGAUCCGAUGUUCAGAAGCAGGCAAAAAUUAUACAUCAGCAGUCGAUUCAGAGAUGAUCCGGUCUUUAGAAGCAAACACAAAAAAACAAUGUGUGAAUAUAUGAAGGUGAAGUAUCAUAGUGAGCCUGCUUAUCGAGUCAAACAUAAAGAAAAAUGUGCUGCCAAUAGAAGAGGUAAACUAUCAAGACAAGUACUUUCCAAAAAUUUGACACUGCAGCAUGCUUUACGAAUCAGAAGGAAGUACAGAAGAAAUGUAGGCUUUAACUUUGAAACUCCACGCCCUUUGAUGACUGACGAAAUGAAAGCUGCAAUACAGAACUUUUGUAAGAACAUUCAAAACGGACCCACAUAUGUUUGCACUGUGUGUCAUAGAGCUCUUUUCCCCAAUCAAGUAAAGCAGUGUAAAAGAGAUAAAUAUACCAAGAAUAUGCGUGUAGUAGCUGAUUGUCUAACAGGUACGUAUGUUCAUGUGUGUGGAGCUGUGUGCUCAACCCCUUGUUCUGUACCUGAAGAGAGGAUGGGGGAGUGGAUCUGCUACACAUGUGACACCUAUCUAAGUAGAGGAAAGAUGCCAUCCAUUGCGGCUGCCAAUAACCUCCACUUGGCUCCUGUUCCCAUAGAGCUUGCGGAAUUGAAUGUACUUGAAAGGCAAUUAAUUUCAAAAAUUCUGCCUUUUGCAAAAAUUGUUUCCUUGCCCAAGGGACAGCAAAGGGCAAUACAUGGAGCAGUUGUCUGUGUUCCUUCUGACAUGGAAACUGUUGUAAACAGUCUUCCGAGGCCCGUGAGGAAGCCCAGCUUUUACAGGUGA